AGCGGCGCGAAGGCGCCCCAGGUUGCCCUCAUGCACCGAGGCGGCGCCAUGGCGGCGGUGGUGCCGCAGGACCGGGGCCCGGGGGCGACUGCGGCGGCGCCGCGUGCGCCGCGCCUGGGAGGCCCGGACGCGUCCCACUGCAGCGUGGACGCCUCCCUCAAGAGCUUGUCGGACCUCAUGGGUUUGCGCUGAUGCUGAUCCCUCUGCUUCUGUCAUCGACCUGCGCGACUUCAAGAGUGCGGGGGCCCAGCGCCACACCUUGGCAGAAAGGCUCACGUACAGAGUGGAGAAGGUCCUCAGCCUGAGCAGCCUGUCCCUCUACUACAUCCUGAUCGCCCUCGUGAUGGCGGCGUCCGUCGUGCUCGGGCUGCUCUGGCACCUGCACGGGAAGGUCGAGGACCCGAUUGUCUUGGAGAGGCGGCUGCGCAGCGGCGGCGACUCCUCGGGCUCACUGUUCGACCACGGGGUCGCACUGUCGAUCUUCAUAGCGCUGCAGACGAUCUUGGCGGCCGGAUUUGAUGCAGAGAUCGACACGCUCGCGGGAGCGGCCGUGUACACGGCGAUGCUCCUCGUAGGUCUGAUCUUGUUUGGGACGCUCGUCGGCAUGAUCACAGAGUCCUUCGAAUCGCUGAUAGAGCGUAUCCGCCAAGGAGAGCUGAAGGCAGUCGAGGAGGAGCACACUGUGCUGCUGGGGUGGAGUGAGUGCACCCCUCGGCUGGUCUGCCAGCUUGCCUUCUUGAGGCGACAGUUCCAGCAGAUGAACGAGCCUUGGGACCGGCGGCUAUGCUGGUGGCGACGUGUGAAAGCCUCCACCUCCGCUGCACAGCGACCGAUCAUCGUCAUGUGCAACACUCUCACCAAAGAGGAGAUGGAGAACGCCAUCGCGCACGCGUUCCAGGAGCGGGGCAUCUGCGCGCUCCGCACCAGACUGGGCUGCGACGUCGUGUGCCGUGUGGGGGACCCCAGGUCUGUGGUGGACCUGCGGCGGGUUUGCGUGCAGCAGGCGCACGCGGUCGUCGUCCAGGCCGGGGAGGGGGCGGACACCGAGAAGUCGACGGGCGCGUCCAUACGAACCCUGAUGGCCCUGCGCUUCGCGCUCUACACGUGCCAGGCGGCGCCCGCGUGGGACGACCUGCGCAUCGUCGUGGAGAUGAACCAGCCGAGCAAGGUGGUGUCCGCGGCCGCGUUCGACGCGCCGGGCGGCGGCACGGUCGUCCACCCCCUGGACCUGAGCGUCUUCCUGGACAGCCUGCUCUUCGCCUGCCUCGGGCAGCCGGGGCUGGCCCAGACGCAGAUGGAGCUGAUGAGCUUCGAGAGCGCCGCCAUCAAGUUUCGGAAGGCCGCUGACCUGAACGUGGCCCACCGCAAGGUGUCCGAGGCCACGAUGCUUUGGGAGGACGCGGUCUUCGUCGGCGUGCAGGCCCGCGAGGCCAAGCUCGCCGCCGCGCGGGGCGAGGGGGUCGAGAGCGGCCUGCUUCCGGGGGCCAGCUACGAGAUACAGCCGGACGACACGGUGCUGUUCCUGUGCAGGUCCUCCAUGCCCACGCCCGCGGCCCGCCGGGCCGAGGCGGAGGGCGUGGCCUCGGAGAGCCCCUUCCCCUACGGCCAGGAGCAGCAGGCGUCCUUCGUCCUGCGGCGCAGGGAGAUUCGGGUGCUCAUCUGCGGAGAUCUGGCUGGGAUCAGCCAGCGGCCCUGCUCAGCAUUCUGGACGACAUGGCCCACGACAUUCGAUCGAGCAUGCGCCUGAAUUUCGUGUGCAAGGUGAGACGGGAGGACUUCGCAGCAUGCAUGGAGGCUGCCCAGGAGAAGUCUGGUGGAAGGGUGAGGUCCGCAGAUGAAUCGGAAAAUGGGGUUCCCGCUUGGAUGUUCGACGGUAAGUGCCAAAUCACGCAUACAUAUUGGGAGGACGAUGUUUUCGAUGAUCUGGACGAGGUAGUCAAGAAGACCGAGUAUGACAAGGCGAUCAUCAUUCCGCCCCCUACGAGGGAGGACGCGUUAUCCAAGGACACGUGGGUCAUGUGCGUCAUGUUGAUGCUUCGGCACCUUCAGAAGGAGCAUGGUCAGAAGCCCAUGCAUGUAAUUGCCGAGAACGCGCUAGACGAGUCUUCCAAGCUGUCAGUAGCGCCCCUAGGUUCCGACACUAGCGACGGGCCGCAUCACUACCCAGACUUCGUCAACACGAUGGCAAUCAAGGCCAGGGCUCUAUGUCAGGUGCUUGCGUACCCCGAGAUGGGCACCGUGCUCAACGACUUGUACUCUAAAGCGAGCGGCUCCCCCGUCCUGAUGCUGGUGGACGUGGGGCAACUUCGCCUCGUAGGCCUGGAGCUGACGUUCAGGCAAACUGUGCAGCGCAUGUCGGUGCUGCAGCCCAAAGACGGCCUCGCUAACGACGUUGUCCUGGGCAUACGGACAGCGGCUGGCCUCUUGAUGAUGCCCCCGAAUGCAUCUGACGUGCACCGUUAUGCACGUGGCGACGCGCUGAUCAUCAUCACGCGCCGCGCUACAUCGCCACACAAGUAUGAAGAGCUGAUCAAAUCGGAGCGCGCGAGCUUGUGUGAUCUGCCGGUCCAGUUUGAUGAUGUAGAGGAGUUCGAUGAUGUCACAAGUGCUUGACGGAUAACCAGCCCGCUUUUGCAGCGGCAGGUUACCCUAGGUCUUGGAGCUUUCAUCUCCUUCCUCUGGCCCUCUGCCUGACAUUGGUUUUUGUUCUUACCUCUGUCUCUCUGUGUCUAUAUCUCCGUCGGCAUCAGAGGCCAUAGUCUCACCCACCUGGUCUUACCGAGGCCGGGACACGCGUCCGCAACGGUGGUCAGUAUAUGUAGUUUUGGUCAGCCUGCUCCUUUUUUCACCGAUGGGACGCGCUCGUCUAUUUGUUUUGCCCUCGGGGUACGGUGGGGGCGUUCGUGAAGGAAUGUGCCCGGGAGGCUUCAGACCCUGGAGGCGUCCUUACCCGAAGGGAGCGGCGAUGACAUCCAUGGGCCAAGCCUCGAUUGGAGUUCCACUAGCUUCCAGACCCUGGGAUCCUUGUCUAAGGAUUCCUUACCCAAUGCCCUCACCGUAUGAGUGCGAGUUGUUUGGGCGUCC